UAUGUAAGCUGCAGAUGAAAAUCGAGUGUUGUUAUAGGCAUAGGCAUAGGCAUAGCCCUCAGCAGAGUGUGUGUAUAGCUGGCUGAUUCUUCCAGAACAAGAAACUAUGCGACGAAUAACCACAAACUGCCAUCUAAACCGGGAAAUUACUCUCUAAUUCUUCGUAUUUGCGGUAUCCUGCCAAUUAGGGCUUCAAUCAUUCUCAAUGUGUUGAUAUUCAAUUACAUAAAUCAGACUUCUCCUUAGAACAUUUGUCGAGGAAUCAUUCGCCUCUACUCCGGAUGAUUUUGAUGAUUGACGUGGAAACGAAGCUGGUUCAACAAAAACUAGCAUUACUCACUAGGUCGUUGUGUGAAAGAUUUGGAGUCUGUAAUGGGUGCCCCUAAGCAGAAGUGGACAUCAGAAGAAGAAGCUGCUCUUAAAGCUGGCAUUCAAAAAUAUGGAAUAGGAAAAUGGAGUACAAUACUUAAAGAUCCAGAGUUCAGCACAGUCUUGCGGUCACGCUCUAAUGUGGACCUUAAGGAUAAAUGGAGAAAUUUGAAUUGCAUGGCAAAUGGUCUUGGAUCCCGGCAUAGGGCUAGGGUUUCAAUCAAAAGCAGCCAGCUUAUCACCAAGCAAGAUGAAGACACUACGUCUAGUAGCAUGGUGGUUUAUAAGGAUAUGGAAGUUCUUGGUAUAACUUCCCUUGCUGCAUCCAAUGAAAUAUCCCAGGAUGCAAUAUCCAAGAAAAAGAUAUCAAGGCUGGAUGAUGUUAUUCUGGAGGCUAUAACAAAGUUGAAGGAACCUCGAGGAUCUAGUCGGCCUGCAAUUAAUCAAUACAUAGAGGACAAUUACUCAGCACCUCCCGAACUUGAGAGGACUUUGGCUGCAAAUUUGAAGAUUUUGACUGAAAAUGGACGAUUAAUUAAGGUGAAGAAUCAAUACAGAAUUGCACCAAAGUUGAUCACUUUUGGUGCUGAGGAAGAAGCAAAGUUGUUGGUUGAAAAUGGAGGUGGAGCUAAGAAGGAUCCUUUUCAAGCGGAGAGAAGCGGUGUUGUACUUCUUAGUAAAGCCAAGAUUGAUGCGGAGCUAGAGAAAAUGAAGAGCAUGAGCGCAGAAGAGGCAGCUGCAGCUGCUGCAAGAGCAGUCGCCGAGGCUGAAGCUGCGAUUGCAGAGGCUGAAGCGGCAGCAAGGGAAGCAGAGGAGGCCGAGGCUGAUGCAGAAGCCGCACAGUGUUUUGCUGAUGCUGCUCAGAAAGCAUUGAACUAUCAAGCUAUUCGUGUCUGGUAAAGUUGAAACUAAGUAUUUUUCUGGUUCAACUACUUUUGUGUCUGAUUGCCUUGUUUGGUUGUUUCUGUGCAGAACAUGGAGGAUCCUGUGAAGAGCUCAUCUCAUCUUUUGCAAGCAUAUAUGUCCAUGUAUUGUAGAUAAAUGUGAUCUAUGAUUUUUGUCAAUUUCAACGGCUUGUUGUGGCCCAUAUCUCCAAAUAACUUGAAAGAAAGUAUUUUCUUGUAAAACUCCAUGAGAAUUGAGUUGGCAUUGUGCAGUGGUCA